AUGGAUCCAAACCAACCCUUCAAUUCCAACCUCGACUAUUUCUACAACAACUUCCCCCAGGCACCACCACAGCCACCGCAUCAACGUCAACGUCAACAUCAACCUCAGCAUCAUCACCAGCAUCAGCAGAAUAUCCCUCCUCACCCCGUUCGAGAGCAUGUUCAGCCUCAGACUCAUCUCAAUCCCCAGUCUCAUCCACCAACCUACUCGCUUCCACAGUCGCCAUCUCCAUAUCAGUCCUACCCUCCCCAACCCUAUCCUCAGUCCAUCCCGCAAAAUUACCCUCAGUACUACUACGACCAACAGCAGUCCUAUCAGCCUCCCUUCCAACAAUACCCGGCUAAUUCCAUCUACCAACCUUCUAGUCCUGCUACUCGGCAGCUGCCUCCUGCUCCUGCUCCCGCUCCCCAGCCUCCUCAGCCUCGCGUACAUGUUGUCAUACCUUCUCAUCCCCUACAUUCUUCUCCUUCACAGCAAUCUCACCAAUACCACCAGUCCCAGCCCAGACCCAACUACCACCCUCAGCCUCAACCCCAGAUUCAAACCUCAUCCCAAUCAUUUGGACAGCAUACCCCACAACAGCGUCCACAAAGCCAUCGUCGACAUCAAACUUGGUCAAAUGCGGUUUUGAACGCCCAGAGCCACAUGAUGGCUUCAGAUCAUUCCCGGAAAAAUCAAGAACCGCCAGUACCAACCACGGCGGCUGAGACACCACCAAAGGAUCCACAACAAAGCCGACCUCGUGUACUGCAGGCCAUCGGAAUUAACACAAAGCCCAAGCCAACGUCUACCAAGAGUCCUGGCCACGACAACUCUCCCCAGCACCAUGACGAGCCGGAGCCAGACUAUCCCUCCUUCCUGUCCGUUCUCGCGGACGACUACCUUGAUGCUGCGCGAAAAAAUGCCACUUUGACCGACGAGUAUUACAACCUAGUCGCGACGGCACUUGCUUGUCUCGAAUCGGUCCUGUCCAAUUUCAAACUUCCACCGCUGAGGGAGGCCCAGGUAUCCCUGCGCUAUGCUCAAACCCUUUACGAAGAGACUGAAAAUUACGAUGAAGCGGAAACAACUCUAACCAAGUCGAUUGAGCUCUGUGAACGACACAAAUUUGUCGAUCUGAAGUACGAGAUGCAGCUUCUACUGUCUAAAAUCCUCUACGAGUCCAAACCUAAGGCCGCGCUCAGGGAUAUCCAGAGGAUGAUCGACGACAUCGAAGCCUACCGUCAUACUGUAUGGCUGUACAUCUUCCGUUUUCAACACGCCAUGUUCUCAUUAGCAUCGUCUUCUCCCGGCGAGGUUCACAGCGCCACGGUCCAGAUGCAAAAAAUUAGCAAUCUGGCCCGCCAGAAUUCAGAUAGUGCCCUUCUCGCUUUUGCUGCUCUGCUUGAAGCUAUACUGCAUCUUUCCAGUCUCAGUCAUGAAGCAAUCACGUCGGCCCAAACGGCAUUGGCAAAGGCAAGAGCAUUACAAUUAAAUCCAGACGUUGAGAGCAACCCCCAAAUAACGAUACUGAUGGAGUUUAUUGAUCUGUCAUGCAGCGUCCUAGAGUCCAACAUUGUACAGACCGAAAAGAAGCGCAAAAUCAUGCAUGAGGUCUUGUAUCAGUCAAUUUCAGAUUCCAAUUGGCGGGAUGACGGCUUAAUUUACAUUCCCGUCUCGAAGCGGGCAAUUGCCGGCAUUCAGCUUCAGGGCAAUGGACAUGUCGUCGAGAGAAAUGGCAGAUACUUUCUUCCAUUCUCGUGGCUGGGAAAAGAAGAAGCAGAGGCUUUGGGAUUUCUUUUCAGUGCCGAUAGUUCCGCAUACAAAAAUGGUGCUGAUGGGGGCAAGGCUGAAAAGUUCGUGGACAGUGGGCUCUCGCUCGUCCGGUCUUGGAGGAAACCGACACUGGCUUCGGGCUUUCGACAAUUACAAAGAGCAUACAUCUUUCAGAGACUGCUCGAAGCCCAGUUUCUGUUCCUCCUCAUAUUUAUGCAGUGUUCUAAAGGUCUCUGGCAACAGGCACAGCAAACUUUGGAAGCCGUCCAUGCGAUUUCAGAAGAUAUUGGUGACGCUUUCCCGAUCAACAUGAAAUACGGUCUGCUAUAUCUGAAAGGCGUCAUACUGCAGGGAACCGGAAACCUCACGGCUGCUCUAGAAAUAUACCAAUCUCCCGCUCUCGUUCUUGGAGCGCAACAGUCACCACUUUCAAACGGGUCGAAGGCAUUACAUCACAUACCCAAUUCUUACUACGCUGACUCAAAUGUUAUCCAUAACUUCCGCAUUCUUGCAAGUAUGAAUUCGGCCUUUAUCAUCCAGAAUCCUCGUCACCCUCAGCACAAACAACUGUCCUCCCUCAUCAGCAGUUUGGGCUCUGCCACUCAGAAUUCCGGGAACAAAUAUAUCCAAGCACACUACUCGCUGUUAAUAUCGGUACUCUCUACCACGACGCUGACGAUCAAACAGUUUCUGAAAAGCGCCAUGGAGGCUGGUAAGGCCAUCGGCAGCGCCCAAACGACCGCACUCGCGCUCGUAUAUAUGCAGGAGAAGCUUUUCAAAGGGACGGUUGAUGAGCAAGCGUUAAAAUGCGCCAAGGCAGCAAGUCACCAAGUGAGAAGAUGGGGCGAACCCUUGUGGGCUCAUGUCGCCGCUGGCUUGGAGGCAGAUUCUCUGGAGAUUAAUGGGAUGGCUAAGGAAGCACAACAAAGGAAAGCUGAUGCGGAAGCGAGGUGGAAUGAGCUGCCUCUCGGUGUCAAACGCUUAAAGACUGGUUGA